UUCCCAGUGCCUGCUAAGACAAUCGGAGCUUGACAGAAAGAGGGAGGGAAGAAGGAAGAAAAAAACCUGUUUGAGGAGGCUGAGAGAGGAAAUCUCUUCUUAGCUUCUGCCUCUAAUGUUGUAAGCAAGCUUUUAUUUUCAGAUUAGAAGGACUGGGUUGGCUCCCAGCCUUCUUCUCUCCUUUUCCUCAGACAAAUUAAGCCACUGUCUCCAGGGACCACAAAUGCUGACACAAUGAAGAUCUGGAUUGAACCUCUUGUGGCUGGUGCUCAGCUUGCCAGUGCUUUCUAUGACACAGGACUGCUGCUGGUGGUGAAGAACUACUACAACGGGACCAACUCUUCUUCAGCGCAUUCCAGCGAGGAGGCUCAACAAAAAGCAAUCUCUGAUUUUUACAUCAUCUACCAUCUUGUUGACGGGUUAACCCCACUGUUAUCUGCUUAUGGCUUGGCUAGGCUGGGUGACCGGAUAAAUCGGAAGAUCAGCAUUGGUGUACCUUUAGCUGGCUACUUACUCUCCCGUUUCCUUCUACUCCUUUUGAUCUUGUUGGCUUGGCCAAUUGAGGUGAUGUAUGGGGCUGCUAUCUUGCAUGGCUUGACUGGAGGAUUCACCACGUACUGGGCCAGCAUCAUGGCACUGGCCUCCCAGGGCUCAUCAGAGAGCAGAAGAUCACUGCGUUUCAUCAGCAUUGAGCUCAUUUAUGGCAUUGCUGGUUUUGUGGGAAGCAUUGCCUCGGGACACCUCUUUGUUACCUUCCAUCUCGGUUAUCAGCAUGGUAUAGUGCUGAUUUCCUGUAGUGUUGCCUUAUAUGCCUUGUGUGUCAUCUAUAGUCUAUUUGUCCUCCAAGUCCCCAAGCCUGGAGUUUGUGACCUAGCCACUUCCACAAAUGUGAUCCAGCCUGACAGCAGUUUGGCCGAUGAAGAGAAUUUUCAGUUCCGUAGAUGUGAGUGUUCCCCCAAUUUGAGACCUGCCAGGUCCAUUAUUGCCAUGCUCUUUGCGGGGGCCAUGCUAUAUGAUUUGGCGGUAGUUGGAGCAGUGAAUGUGCUGCCACUCUUCUUCCUCAAGAAACCACUGAGCUGGGGACCAGAAUAUGUUGGCUAUGCCAAUGCUGCUGGCCACCUGAUCUUCAUUACCAGCUUCCUGGGAGUCUUUGUGUUUUCCAAGUUUCUAAGAGACACCACCAUGAUCAUGAUCGGGAUUGUGUCCUUCUCAGCUGGCAUUCUUAUUAUGGCCUUUGUGCGAUGGACAUUCCUGUUUUACAUUGCUCGUGGUGUGAUGCUCUUUGCCCUGAUUCCCUUGCCAACCAUCAGAUCUUUGUUAUCCAAACAUGUUGAAGCUUCAACCUACGGAAAAGUGUUUGUCCUCCUGCAGCUGUCACUUGUGAUCACUGGAGUUGUGACAACAACAGCCUAUAAUAAAAUUUACCAACAAACCCUGGGCUGGUUCAGUGGAUUCUGCUUCCUUCUCUCAUGUGUCAUUGGUUGCCUAACUCUUAUCCCUAUCAGUUUUGUAGCCUACAAGCAACGGACACAAUCUGAUUUAACAGAGAGAUUAACCAACCGAAAACAAUUGUCGACUUCAGAAGCAGAUAUACAGAGCAAGCUGGAGCAACCAGACAGACUGACUACGUGAAAGACAGCAUUAGUCUUGUUACUAAUUAUGCCAUUAGAGACAUUUAGUUCUAGGAACUAAUUUCCUGUAUUCUUUCAUGUAUGAAUAGGCUGUUGAAACAGCAUGUAUGGAGUAAGAGGCAUGAGAUUCUUGAGCGAUGCUGCUUUGGAUCUAUAUUUCAUAGAAUUCUCUCUAUUCUCCAUUCAGGAUGUGUUUGCUCACCAGCCCCCUUUCCAUUCACAAUCUUUCCAGCAAAUAGUCUCCUUAUUCAUGUUUUAAAGCAAAAUAUCCUUCCCUAGGAAUCCUCAGAAACACCUAUUCCCCAUAUUUAGUCUGAUUUUCCCCGUGGCCGCCCAACUCAUAGGAUCCUUGUUCCUUAAAUCUCAGUGCAAUAUCCAGUUUUGGGGUGUUGAGUUAGAAGAUUAUAUAUGCCUAUAAUGAGAUUUGCACUCCAGUGUUUCAGUGGUCCAAGUGGUUACUUCACAAGGCUCAGGUCCUCAAGACAAGACAGUGAAGAUAGAAAAACAAUGAGCAGAUUUCCUAAAUAAGAAAUGAAAUAAAGUAUGGGGCAGACAAUGUAAUAGGGCAGAACCCUCAACACCUAUUUAAUCACACACCAAGAUCCAUACAUCACUGGAUGUUAUUUAGUUAUUUUUAACAUAAUAAUAAUAAUAAAUGACUGGGAAGCAUGCGUACUGCAUAACAAAGUGACAACCUUUAGAAGCACCUUUAGCUAUAAGGCAGCUUCUGAACCUCUUCUAAGUAUUUGCUGAAAAGUAAAAAUGGUGAGCAACUGCAGUCCAGUCCUUUGUGUGGAAUUGUGCACACCUACCCAGGCAAGAUAAGUUGGAUGAAACAUAGCACACGCUGAGAGGGGUCUAGGAUAACUCGCUGUGGCUAGCUCACUUCAGCCAGCUCGCCACUGCCAACCUGCCUCCACCAACUAACCGCUGCUAAGUUGCUGCAAGACAACUCCACACAGACAACUCACUAUGGGGACAACUCACUGUGGGCAGCCGGAAAGCCAGGUGAGCAGGUGGGCAGAUGACAAAGCACAUCGGGGCAAUUGGCAGCGAGGCAGCGAUGAUCAGGUGCUUCCCAUUUUCACUCCCCCUG